CGUACGGUAACUUUCAAGCGAGGUGGAUCGUUUUAGCGCGGUUAGUAGAGACUCCAAACGGCAUGGAUAGAUGAACUUUUAUUAUUUUUGUGUACCUCUACCUGCCUCUGCGUACUACCACACAUUUUAGUGCGAACACCAACCAACCAACAACCAAUCAGCCAGCCAGCAAGCAAGCCAAAACACCACCAAACACCUCGUUCGCCCCCACAAAGCAACAGUAAAUAUACGCGUGUAUGUAUUCAUGUGUACACACACACACAUUCGAAAUAGAAAAUACCACAGCAGGAGCAGUAGUUGGUACAUACAAACAGCGCAUGAAUAUAAAAUAAUUACGUACAUAUAUAUAUUAGGUACAUAUGUAGUACAUACACGCUCGCCAGUUGUGUAGUGACCUGACAGCCUCAAAAGCAGCGUGCGAGCUCAUCGAGAGCGGUCAACAGCAACAGCAAAUAGUAGAAAAGUAGCAAAAAUUUACAAAUUGGGUGUAGAGUUUUUCGGCUAACGAGCGUGUUAUAAAAAAGUGGAAUUUAUGAAAAGAAUUCACAACAACGUCAAGCAAAACGGUGUUAUAAGUAAAUCAGAAGCAAGCAUAAACUAAAAUAUUGCAAAAGCUAAUCGCGUUUAAUACAAACUGACGGUCCGCUCACGCGUUGAAAAUAUCGAAAGCAGCGAAAUAAUAUACAUACUUGUAUGUGUGUGUGUAAUAAAAAGGUACAAAUUGUUUCAUUAAAUGUGCAAAAAGAAUCUCGAAAAUUAAUUAAAAAAAUUUUCAAAUACACAAGUGUUUGAAGUGGCAAGUAAUUGUAUGAAAUAGUAAAUACAUACACAUAAAAUAAGGUUUAUAAAAAAUUGUUACACAUGCCACAGAACGAGUCUUACACUGGUAGAAAGUGUUGAAAAAGCCUAAACAAAUAUAUUAAAAAUCAUAUGCAAAUAUAAACAAAAGCUAAACACGACAAUUUAUUUGUGAAAAGCAAAAACAACUCGUUUUAGAAAUAAUUUAUAAAGAAAAUAAUUUUGUUAAUGGAAACUUACUAGUGACAAACAAAAAGUAUUAGUGACAAAAUAAAUUUUAACAAAAACUAAAAAAAAACAUAGUGACGAAUUAAGUUCUAGCAAUAAAAACCAAUUCCACAAUUGUGAGCAAUAAAAAAUAAAUGAAAGACGGGCUGAAAAAUAGAAACAAAAAUUUUGUGAAAAGUGCUUUUUUAUGAAGAAUUACUGAAAAAACUCGCUUGUUUAGUGAAGUAAAAAGUGUUGAAAAGUGCAAAUUUAUUAAUAAUUUUUUUUUAAAUUCUAAAAUAAAUAUACUACACUUGUAUGACUUAAAGUACCAACUAAACGGGAAAGUGACAUGAGAAAAGCUGGAGAAAGAAUAUUUUGAAAAUUGUAAGCAUAAUUUUUACAAUAACUAAAGAUAGAUAAUGUAUAAACCUAUUUAAACAGCUGAAAUAAAAAAAUUUAAAGCAAGUUUGCGUCUGUAAAAGCCAAUACGCCAGUGGCAAAACAUAAAAUUAAAGUGUAUGUGCUUAGUAACAAAUUAAAUUUUAGUAAAAAAACAACCAAUUUUAAUUAUUUACACGGUUUCGUGCUGUACUCAUAUAUUUUUGUGCAAAAUUGUCGCCAACGUCGACCAUAAAAUGUUUGAUCCAUUUGUUAAAAUCAAGAAAAAGCGAAAUCUAAAUGUUGUUGAUAUCUUAGACAGUGUCGCGGGUGAACUGGAGCUGGCCAUCGCGCCGCCAGAGCAGGCGGUCAUUGAGCAGGUUAUUGCUGAAGACGCAGUGGUGGUGGAAGAAGCGGAACAACAACCGCAACAACAACAGCAACAGCAGCAAGUGAAGCAACAAUUGUUGCACACCAACAGAGAGCAGCGAGUGCAACAACCGCUAGAACAGCAGCAGCAACAACAACAACAGGAUCUAGAGCCGAAUGCCAAUUGUUACUGUGUAAGUGGUGCAGCAUUAAUUGGUGCAGGAGCAACAGCUGCAGGCGCAAGCGCAAGCGCCAACACCGUAGCUAGCCCCGCAAUAUCGCCCACAACCACAGGCACCGUUGCCACAAUAGCAGCAGCCGCCUCGUCCGCUGCAUCGCCACUCUUGGAGGCAAUUGCUAGCAGCAGCAGCAGCAGCAGUAGUAGUAGUAACAGUAGUGGCAGCAGCAGUUGCAACAACAAUAACAGUAGCAGUAGUGUUAGCGGUAAUAACAGUUCCCAAGUGAGUGGCAGCAGUGUGAGCCGUCAAUUGGCUAGCAGUAGCAGUGGUAGCAGCAACAGCAAUUGCAGCCGCCUGCAACAGUUGAUAUCGACGCCGCCAGUGGCAUUGCGCGGUUUAUCGUCCUACUGCAGCGGCGAUUUGCAGCCGUCAGCACAACAACACCAGCCAACGCUAGGUCAGCAACACGCGGCACAAUCGGCGGCCGCUGUGCCCACAUUGCCUCAAUUACAGUUGCAAUUGCAGCAGCCAACGCUGCAUCAGCAGCAGCAGCAGCAACAAGCGCCUUCGGUGUUGCAGCAGCAUUUGGGUCACCUAAAUUUCGAAAGUGGAGCAUCGAAUGUGAGCGCCAGCAGUGGUAGCGGCAGUAGCAACAACAACAACAAUUGUAGUAGCAGCAGCAGCAGCAACCUGCGAAGUAGCACAACAACGUUGCAGCGACACUUGGCCUCGCCAAGCAACAUUCUCCAGGAAGCGUUCAGCAAUAAUUUGCACAGAAUUUUAAAGCGUUCACAUAGUUCCUCAACGUUGGCGUCCAACAAUAACAAUAAUCCGAGCAGUAAUUCCAUUUCUUCCUCGCCAGCGUCGCCGCCAUCCUCUUCUGCGAUCUCAAAUUCCAAUUUUGCCGGCACGCCCACUUCACUAUUUGCCAGUAUUUACGGUAGCAACAAUAGUAGUAGCAGCAACAGCAGCAGCAGCAGCAGUAACAACAACAACAACAAUAGCCACCAAAAUCACCACCACUUGAAUAACAGUAUAAUUGCCAGUCGUCUUUUCGGCAGCAACAGUAACAGUAAUAACAACAACAACAACAACAACCAACCCAACCAGCAACCCAACAAUCUGAAUCAGAAUAACCACAGCCACCUCCAACAACAACUCACAGCGCCAAGCAGCAGCAGCACAGCGGCCGCAGCGGCAGCCACAUCAAGCGCCGCCGCUAGUGUCUCAUCCACCCCGCAGCAGCAGCACACUAACAAUAGCAACAGCCACCAACAUCGCCUGCCGCAACAUAGCCACCACCGAGACCAUCAUUCCGCUCUUACCAAUUCGAUAACGAACCGUAUCAACCAAUCCAUCAGGCGGCACUUGAAUCAGCAGCAGCAGCAGCAACAACAUCACCACUUACAACAGUACAAUCAGCAAGUGAUAAAUAAUAAUACAACAAAUAACCACCGAAUACAACAACAACAGCAACAGCCUAUUCCUCAACACGCACGUUUCCCACAACAACAACAACAACAAAAUAAUCAUCAUUUACAACAUCACUUGCAACAAUCAAACCAUCAACAACAGCAUCAUCAAAACAGUGGCAGCAGCAGCAGCAACAACCAACAACUGCAGCAUCACCAACACCAUCAUCAUCAUCACCAGCACCAGCAGAACCAUCAUCAAAACCAACAACAGCAACAACAAUCUCCUCUGUGCCUAGUAUUAUUAGUUAAAUGUCCGAAUUCUAAGGAAUUUUGUAACGCCGCCGCCGCCAACGCCGUCGCUGCAGCCGCACAUUUCUGUGAUAAUAAAAGAUUGCCGGUGAACGAAUGUCAGGCAAUUCAAGCCGCUAGAGUGACAUCUAACCUGAGCGCAUCGAGUAGUACAAUGGCGGUCAGUCGAGUACCAUCGCCACCUCUGCAGGAAGUAAAUACGCCCGUAGCCGAAAAUUGGUGUUACACACAGGUGAAAGUGGUGAAAUUCAGUUAUAUGUGGACCAUAAAUAACUUUAGUUUUUGUCGCGAGGAAAUGGGUGAGGUACUGAAAUCGUCCACAUUCUCUGCCGGUGCUAGUGAUAAACUGAAAUGGUGUUUACGCGUCAAUCCAAAAGGUCUCGAUGAGGAAAGCAAAGACUACCUGUCGUUAUAUUUAUUAUUAGUUUCGUGUAAUAAAUCAGAAGUUAGAGCCAAAUUUAAAUUUUCCAUACUGAAUGCGAAAAGGGAAGAAACCAAAGCCAUGGAAUCGCAGAGAGCUUACCGUUUUGUACAAGGCAAAGAUUGGGGCUUCAAAAAGUUCAUAAGACGAGAUUUUCUAUUAGAUGAGGCCAACGGUCUGCUGCCUGAGGACAAAUUAACCAUAUUCUGUGAAGUUAGCGUUGUAGCUGAUAGUGUGAAUAUCUCUGGUCAAUCAAAUAUUGUACAAUUCAAAGUACCCGAAUGUCGAUUAUCUGAGGAUUUGGGUGCAUUAUUUGAUAAUGAGAAAUUCAGUGAUGUUACGUUGGCGGUGGCCGGACGGGAAUUUCAAGCGCAUAAAGCUAUUUUGGCAGCACGUAGUGAAGUCUUUAAUGCUAUGUUCGAGCACGAAAUGGAGGAACGCAAAUUAAAUCGUGUCGAUAUACACGACGUCGAUCACGAAGUCCUGCGCGAAAUGCUGCGUUUCAUCUACACAGGCAAAGCGCCAAAUUUAGAAAAAAUGGCAGAUGAUCUCCUAGCUGCUGCUGAUAAGUAUGCCCUCGAAAAGCUGAAAGUGAUGUGUGAAGAGGCGCUUUGCCUUAAUCUCUCCGUGGAAACCGCAGCGGAAACUUUAAUAUUAGCCGAUCUCCAUAGUGCGGACCAGUUGAAAGCACAAACCAUAGAUUUCAUAAAUACUCACGCCACCGAUGUGAUGGAAACGGCCGGCUGGCAGAGUAUGAUCGCGACACAUUCACACUUGAUUGCGGAGGCAUUUCGUGCGCUUGCCACACAACAAAUCCCACCAAUUGGACCACCAAGGAAGCGUGUAAAAAUGAGCUGAAAUCGCAAUGGUGCAUACAAUAAUAUAUUUAAUUAUAAUAACAAAUACAACAACAACAAAUACAGUAACAACAACAAUACAUAUAAUCACAACAACAACAACAACAACAUAAUUUUAAUUAUAAAAUAAACCGUAACAACAAAAACAAUAGUAAAAACAAACGGAGCAGCAGCAACAGCAACGUAAAAUCCAGCAACAACAACAACCAGAAUACGUACCGACACCAGAAAUGUUCCCAGCGAAUGCAAAACAGCAACAAGAACAGCAGUGGAGGACGUCAACUCAGUUUAGAAAUCAUCAGAUGCAACUCUCACAGCUAUAAGCAACCACUAAUAUCCAAGCAGGGCUCUACAAUGCCGUACAACAGCAAAAACAAUUGCGUAACUUACGGCUUUUCAAGGACACAACGUGGGCGAGCCUCUAAGAGCAAUAUUUUGGUGGCAUGCAAGCUGGUAAACAACAACAAACAGUUCGGAAGUAAUCACAGCAAUUACAACAACAGCAGCAACAUGAUAUUUGAUGUGAUAAUGAAAAGUGGGAAAAAUAGCAACAGUAAUAAGUAUAACAAUUGCAGCAGCAACAAAAGCAUUGACAGUUAUAGCCAUCGGAAUAUUGUGUGCCGCCAGCUCCGGUCGUGGCCAUGCGUUGCUUAUGCUGGCGCGCAACAGCUGGUGCAGGCGGAAAAACGCAUUUCACAAAUAUUUGCAGUUUCAAAGCAGCUUUACGCAGUCACCGCAAUGCAGGCAAGCAGGCGCAUCCAGCUAUUGUUAUAUGCAGCUAUAGCGAUGCUAACAACAACAAUAAAAGCAAGCAUCUUCACUUUAGCUGCUAAGGCAGCUGUUGCAGUGUGCAUACACGCCAAUUUCAUAUACAGCCAUGAACAUAUAAAUGAGUAUAGGCACUCUCGCCCGCUUUGCUUAGUGAAUUAGCAACAAUAAUUUUAUUUUUAUUUUUAUGAAAUACACAAUUAAAUAUUUCAAUUGAAAUUAUAUACGAAGAAAAGGUAGUGCUAGCAAGGCGAAAGCAAAAAUACACAUGGAAAGCAUUAAAUUAAAUUAACAGUGUGCCGGCAAAGUUGUUGUACAACUACUUAUUGGCUUUUUGUGCGCAGUUUGUAUUUACGUUUUGCUGUUGUAUCCAUGCGUAAUGUUGUUGAACUAUUUCCUGUCGAAGAUAAGUGUUUUCAAACGCUUCAAUAUUUAAAUUUUGCUAAAAAUCAUUUUUGAAAUCGUACUUUUUCAAAGGCAGGCACCUAAAAUUCAAAAUAAACACAAAUUUUUUUCAAAAAAUAAUCAUUAACAAUCUUUACUUAUACUUUAAUUAUGCAACCAUUUGUAAUUUGUUUUGAGCCAGCAACAACAACCACACCAAUUAAAGCUACAACUAAAACAGAAAAUUGGAAAUUUCUGUGAAAUUUAUCCAAAGCGUGCACUUACUUAUGUUUUAAGCGUGGCUGCAGCCACAACAACAACACAUUCGACAUUCGUAUAACAGUAUAUAACCAAGAAAAUGUAAAUCGCUUAACUGUUUGCUUUAAAAAACUAGUUUCCACUAUUUUUAAUCUUGACUUGAUGAUACUUUAGAAAAUUGAACAAAAUUACCAAAACACACAAACAAAAAUUAUGAAUCCAAAAAACGAACGAAUUGAUGAGUAUGUGUAUAAAACAAAAUUUUUUGUAAAAUCGAUGUAAACUUCUUGAGCUUUUCUUCUCUAUUUUUAUUUUUAAUUUUAAUUUUAAUUAUGCUUUAUGGAAAUAAUAGUGUUUACGAAAAACCAAAACCACGAAAAAAUGCUUUUGAUGUGCAUAUAAGUAUAAAACGCAAAAAAAUAAAUUAAUUUAUAUUAUAUUUAACAUUAAAUGCGAAAGUAAAUGAUAAAUAAAAUUAUAAAAUAAAAAUGUAUGUACGCACGGCAAAAGCAUGAAAUGCGCAAACAAAAAACAAAAAAUCAAAAAGCAUUUUUUUUUUAAUUUUUCACACAGUCUUUUUUUUUUUAGUUUUUCCCCCUACUAUUUUUCGAAAUUCGAUUUAUAUGUUGUUAAUUGGCGUAAACUCGUGCGUAUAUAUGUGUGUUUUCAAAAGGGCAAAAGGCCGAAAAAUGUUUUAUAACUGUAUAGAAAGUGUUGGGCGGGUAGAGGGGUGCACAAAUUUUGAGAUUGAAUGUGUAAAUGUAGGAAUAAUGAAAAUAAUUAAUGCCGGAGCAUAUGAAAUGCUUACAAUUGCACAUGGGAGGUCAGGCAGUUUCCCACACUCUCUCUCUCUCUCUUGCAUAAAUGCUUUUGGACGAAAGAAGCUAAAUUUAUGUGAAAUGCUUUUACUUUUCUUACGUGGCAGGAUUCAAAAGCUCAGAGGGAGUUCAUAUUUUUGUAGUGAAAUGUAUUUUUCAUAGUUUCUCUUUGUUAACUGUCUAAAAAUUUAAAUUUUUUUCCAAAUAGUGACAAGUAUAAAAAAGUAUAACCAUCAUUUUUUUAAAUGCGCUUUUUUAAAAAAGGAAUAAAACAUGUUUUCUUCUUACACAAUUGUACGAAAACCUUAUGAAUAUACAAAAUUAAAACUCAAUAUCAUAAUUGUUACAUGGGAGCAUUUGUUUAUUGUUAUAAAUAUUUUUUUGUGCGAGGUAUUUUUUUGUUUAUUUUUUGUGUUUGUGUGCUUUUAUUAAUAUUUUUGUGCUUUUUUUGCUAGCUUUAAUUAUUUUUCCCCAUUUUAAUAUAAUUUUAUUUUAUAUAUUUUUCUUAUUUGAAUACUUUCUAUUAAAUUUUUGUUUAUUUAAACUCAAAUUUACUUCCCCCAAGCGCCACAAAUCUUCUGCAUUCCCUAAAAAAAAGUUACAAAAAGCAAAAUUAAACACAACAACAACCAACACAUUGAUCGAAAUGCCUUAUUCUCCACAACUCGAACUAAAUAUUUAUAUAUUUUAUGUAUGUUAGUUUGCAAAUUGUGAUGUAUUUUUAUGGAUGUAAUGAAAUAAAUUAAUUAAUAAAGAGAAGCAGCCAAGAGAAAUGAAACAAAAGUGAAAAACGAGAAUUUUUGUUGGAGAAGUAAACACAAAAUUUUUUGGUUAACAAAAAAAUAUCGAAAUCGAAGAAUAAAAGUACAGUAAAUAAAACAACAACAAAGUGAUAUAAAUGUGUAGGCAAUCUUUUUCAUAAAACAAACAAUAACAACAAGUAAAUCCAAAAAAAAGCUAAACAUCUAGUUUAGUGUUAUAAGCAUUUUGUAAAUUCGAUUGAAAGCGUGCAAAAUAAAGAUGAACUCAUAAAGAAUUGGAAAUAUGAAUUUAAAGUGAUUUGCACAAAAAAAAAAACAAUUAUAGUAUGUGUAAAAUGUUGCAAAAUUUAAAAUAACACUUCUUAGCAAUUCAUUCAAAUCUUCAAAAGUGUUUGUUAUAAAUUCAGAAAAGUGUUUUUUUUUUAAUUUCAGUAAUUACAUUAUUAGAAAAAAUAAAUAUAUAUUUUGAAAGCACAUUCAAUAUUAAAAAGUAAUAAAAAAUAGUUUCUUUCACACAAGAAAAUAGGUUUUAAUUAAGAAGCUCGUUAGUAUUGAAAUUUUGAAGCUGGAUGUUAGAAUUGAAAAAAAAAAACUAAAUUUUGUCAAGCAUAAAAUUUUCAAUAUUUUUAAUGCUUUUAAUGAAGAGAAUUUUUUUAGUAAUAAUUGCCUAAAAAUAAAAAUAAAAAGAAAAAAUUAAGUUAUUCACUUUUGUUUAUAAAUUUAGUAUUUAUUAUUAUUUUUUUUUGUUUGGACUAAAACAUUUAUUAAUUACUAAUUAUUAAUAUUUUUGGUUUAAUUUAAAUUAACUUUUGUUAUUAAAUAUUUAUAUAUUUAUGCAUAUAAUUUUUUGUUUAAUUUAAAUUAUUAUUUUUUUUUAUCAAUUUUCCUUAUUUACGAUACACAUAUAAAUCUUAAUAAGCACCACCAGAACCAAUCAACAAUACUUAUGAAACCAAAAUCAGAAACAAAUAAAUUUUUAAGCAUAAAAAGUUCUUGUAGCGGAAAAAGGAAUUUUUAGAAAUUACAAUAGAAAAAUUAUAAACAAAAAAAUAAUAAUUUUUUAGCGUUGAAUUAAAUGUGUGUGCGCCGGUAACGGUUUUUUCCACUUGACAUAUAGUAGCGAAACAGAAAAACAAAAACGAAAAUUUGCAUGCUAGUUAUAAACCAAUAGAAAUUUCGCGAAAAUAAUUCAAAACAUAGAGAACAAAAGCAUAUUGAAAAUUAGUACAGACAAAAGUAAAAGAUGAAAAUGUUGCAAACACGUAAGAGCGGCAAAGAGAGUAUAAGUAAACUGACAUUAAAGCGUGAUUAAAUAUAAAGAAAAAUUUAAAAGUAAAUAAAAUUUGCUAAAACAAAACAAAAACAAAAGGAACAAACACACACACGUUGUUGUUAUGUAAAAAUGGUAUUUUUAAAUGCUCUACAAUAAAAACAAAAAUUAACAAAUAAUAAUAUUAAGUAAAAUAUGGAAAAAAAUAAAAAAGUGAAAAAUAACAAAAUAACAACUCAAAAAUAAACUUUGCAAAGAGAAAACAAACAUUACAACUUUAAAUUUACUACAAAAAUUAUUGCAAAAAAUUACAAAUUUAAAUUUUAACUGUAAAAAUGGGCAGUGUAAGGGAAAAUUGUGAAAACGCAUAAUACACAAUGCAACAUUUAUAAUUUUUUCUGUCUACAUUUAAUUAAAUUUAAGUAAUUUUAUGUUUAUUAUUAAAUAUAAUUUUAUUAAUAUUAUUAUAAAUUCAUUAUUAUUAUUAUUUACUACUACUAUUAUGUUAUAACUAGUUUUAAUUAUGGAUAAGUGAAUAUAUGAAAUAAAUUUGCUGCAAUUCAAUAUUUUUCGCUCUUUUUUACACUCUGAAAUUUCACAACCGAAUUAAUUUCCGUUUUAAUUGCUACAGAAUUUCGUUUAACUUUGUUUAAUCAACAUGAAUUAAUUUUUAAUAAAUUAAAUUAAAUUAAUUUGUUAAUCAACCAUAAUUUUACUUUUGCCUUCUUAUAUUUUCUCUUUAUCUUAACCCCUUCGACUUAUUUUUUGCGUUCAAUUUCUACUAAAUCACUUUAGUUGUUAAAAUAUGCAGAAAUGUCAAAGUUAAAAUUAAGUGAAAAAGAGACCACCAUUUAAAUGUUAAUGAAACACAGUUGAUAACACUAUUAAUGAUAAAUUUAAUUAAUAAUUAAUAAGUAAAAAUAUGCAGAAUUUUAAAUAAAAAUUAUUAACACAUAGCACUUGUAAUUAUAUGUAAUUUGUAGUUGUACGCACAUUCUGCGCCCGAAACUCAUAAAAUUUUAAUUUUAGUUUUUAAAUUUUGUUUGUAGCUCUAUUUUUGUUUCUAAUUUUAAGCAAAGUAAUUUAAUUCUUUUUGUUUGUUUGUUGUAAUGCAUAUUUUUUGAAUUUGCUUCGCAUAGUGUAAGCCAGGGAAAAGCUGCAAAAAUAAUAAAAACACAAAAAAUAAACAAAAAAGCAAAAAACAAAUAUUAGCAAAAAAUAACUGAACAAGGAAAAAAGCAGCUGACAGAACAAGGCAAUCAAGCAGCCUUGCAAGCAAGAAAAUUUAAAGAACUGCAUUAUUAUCCCGUGAGAAAUCAAGGCAAAAAUGCGCAAUUUGCUUUGCGUGGUUCUGUGUAUUUUGUUACGAAAUUGCAAAAACAACAAAACACAUCAAGUAAAGAAUUAUAAGCUCGUGCGUUAUUUUCAAAUAAUUAACAUUGAGAGUAUGUAUGUGAAUAUGUAAUUCAGCGUGCUGAUGCUGCGCUGGAACAACAACAUAGAAAUCAAGGCGUCAACAACAAAGCAAGUAAAUACAAAACAAAGUGAAACAAACAUUAAAGUAAGCGUAAAUUUAAAAUUAUUUAUAGUUAAGCAAUUAAUUAAAGUACUAUUACAACAACAACAAUACAAUACAAUUAUAAUAUAAUUACAAAUAUAAAGUAAAUUGAACACAGACAAAAAAACAAAUCUUAA